AUGGGCUGCGGCGCAAGCACCGCCGUGCAUCCAACACGGCCAUGCACCCGGGGACCUCAGAGUAUCCGCAUGAGCAGCAAGAAGCGGGUGGAGGCAGUGCUUGACCUCGAUGCGAUGACUGUCCUUCCCAACAGCCCGACACAGAGUCCCGAGGAGAAGCUGGACCUGGAGGAGGCAGACGAGCAAAUGUCUAUUGAGGGGGUGGAGGACGGAGCUCGACUUUGGUCAUCGAUGAACAUUGAGGAUGUCGAGGCCAACCGAAACCAGCCCUUUCCAACGCCGCCAGAUCGACGGAUGCAUGAUCGGCACCUCCGGCGGAUCGAGGAUCUAGGUCGACAAAUGGCAGAAACUCCUCAUGCAUUUUCACUCGUUGUCUUGAACCGACGAUGCCGGUUGAUCGACCAAGUCAAGACUGGAUAA